CGGCGCGCGCGCACGUGACCGACCUACGUACACGAUCGCACUCCUCAACCUAACUAACCAAGUUUCCGAUGAAGACAAGUGAUAACUGAAAAACUAGGCCAAGAAGAAUUCAGUGACAUUGUGUAUUGAACUCAAGUGUUUAAAAGUUUUUGUGAAUAAUGGAGUACCACCACCGGCAUAUGGAGCAGCCAGGUCAGCUGCAGAACCAGUCGCAGUGGGGCUAUGGCUGGGGACCACCAGCACCAGCUCCAGCUCCACCUGCGCCUGCGCAACGUAACAAGAGAACUCACUCUGAGAGUGAAGACGAUGCCUUCUCUGAAGAAAGUAGUAAAGAUGCGACGUCUCCAGGAGGUGACUCAUGUCAGUUGAUGACAAGGAAGCGCCGUCGAGGAGUCAUCGAGAAGAAGCGACGGGAUCGCAUCAAUACCUCGCUAACGGAACUGAAGAGGCUGGUACCAGCUGCCUGUGAGAAGCAGGGUAGUGCCAAGCUGGAGAAGGCUGAGAUCUUACAGCUUACCGUGGACCACUUGAAGAUGUUACAUGCUAAAGGACUCGAUACAUUCGCUUAUGACCCCCAACGCUACGCCAUGGACUACCACAACAUCGGGUUUCGGGAGUGCGCAGCUGAAGUGGCGCGGUAUCUCGUCAGCUGUGAAGGUUUAGAUAUUCAAGAUCCAUUACGACUUCGUCUUAUGAGCCAUCUCCAGUGCUUCGCAGCACAAAGAGAAUUAGCUGCAAAAUCAACAAACUGGGGCUAUCCUCAGUACCCUACAACACCAGUACCUCAGCCGCAACAUGGGUACACAGACCUGGGAGGACCAAGGCAAGACAUACCAGUGACAUCAGCAGCGACCACAGUCGCAGCACCUACUGCCAUGUCAGCAAUAGCUGCUCCCUUAGCUGCUGCACCUAGUUAUCCUCACUACCCAGCGCCUCCUGCACCUCCAGGACCACCUGGUCCGCAUCCUGCACCUCCAGCUCCUCACUACCCUACUCCAUACCCUCACCAUCCACCUCACCACCAGUAUUCCCAAAACAGUUCGAAGCCCUACAGGCCGUGGGGAGCUGAACUAGCUUAUUAGGAGUGUACAAAUAAUGAUACUUAUCAGAAUUAUUGUCUUGUGGCUGGGUGACAAAGAAUGAGUACAUUUCAGUGGUUCAGCGAAACAUUUUGCUUUCAAAGGCGAUGUCACUUUGCACUUACCACGCAGAACGUAAGAAUUUCUUUAAUGUUGUGCUUGAAGGGGUUUCAAGAGUCCACUCAAGUACUUUGACCUUUUCUUGCAAUACUUUUGACCCCGUCCUCCCUCCCUCUUUCUCUCUAAACCCAUUUUGUAAAUGGUGUUUUAAGAAAUGAAGUGUACUCACAAUGACUUACUGUGAGUUUAAUUAUUACAUUUCUUUGUUUCCUUGCCGCAGGACCUUGUUGUAACGAUCUCAGAGUUUAAAAUAUCUAAAUUAUAUUUUUGGAGACUGUACGUAAUGUUGUAAAAUAUUUUUAUAUAAAGCAGUAUUUUGUAAGUUGUGUGAUAGUUAUAUAUUAUAUUGUAUAAGUUUAUUGCCAGUCACUAUAUAUAAAUGUAUAGAUGUAUUUUGGGACCAAAAACUGAGCUUUAAAUAUAUCGAAUCGAAAGAAGUUCCAUUUCGAUAUAAGGUUUCCUAUUUUUGAAAUCAAUAUUCUAAAAAUGGUACUUUUAAUAAAUAGAAUCUAAAUAGUAUCUUAUGAGAAAAAGGUUGUGAAGUUAUCAACGAUUGUCCAAAUCUUGUGAAAUAUAUAAAUCGAAUAGCUUAUUGCCUAUUGGCUGAAAUGUGGUGCACGAAAUCAAUAAAUUCAUAAGUAAAAAUUUCAUAAUUUCGACAGGAAAAUAAUAAUGUUGCAUACAAAACGUAAAAAUUAUGGUAUGGUAUUGUACUAGUGAAGAGAUAUACAUCAUCUAUUGACGUAAAAAACAAUACAGUAAUUAAAUGAUUCCGUGCACCAUAAUGUACAUAUCAUGUAAAUAGCCGUCGCUUGCGGAAAA